GCCACCCCGGCUGAUCCACCUUCAACAAGCUCAGUCCUUGGAGUGGGACUGAACCAGCCAGCAGACAGGGACGAGAGCCCGUCUGGGGCUUUGCUCAGCCCUGUUUCACUUUUAGCAGUGGUUCACAGACGAGAAGCAUCAGUCUCCCCGUGUCUCUCCACCUCCUUUCCAGCCAUGUGACUGAGCACUCCCUCCAUCAAGCGAAACUUUUCAGUCCCCAGGAAACCUUGAAUUCCUUUCCACCCGCUCCACGGUGAGAAGCAGCAUCUCUCAAACCUGCAGCUGUGCCGGCCAUGGGGAGGAGCGCACGGCAGUUCAUCUUGCUAACCUUCGCCUGUGCAUUUUCCUCCUGCUUUGCCGAAGUGGCCCCAGGGAUCGAACUGUCUCCAGAAACCACAUCCUUCCACCAUACGGCUACUUCUGCUCAGCCACUUUCCCUUUAUCAUUCUUCACCCCAUCAAGGCACCACAGUUCCUUCUAACAGCACAGGCUCUCUUAAAACAACACCCACAAGCCAUAGAACGACUGUGCAGACAACAGACCAGCGUCAGGUAACAACAGCACCGGGCCAGCACACAGCAGCACAGGCAGGAGCAGCCACCACACAAGUGGCUGGCCAGACACCUCCCGCGGUGGUAUCCACAACAGCAGCAGACAGCACAACUGCAACCCGUCAGGCUACAACCCAGGCAAUGGAAACGGUUACGCCUGCAGUGAAGAACACAACCCUAAAUCCUAUGUCCUCAACCAAGCAAGCCACAACACAUGUAAGCACAGAAAUGACAGCAGCAGCCACAAACACAACCAUAAAUCAUACGACGCCAAGCACACAAAUGACAGCUACUGCCAUAACUACUACAGCCACCACCAUGCAAACUGUAAAGCCCAGCACAGGGUGGGGAAAUCAAACAGCGCUGCCUAAAAGUCCAACAGCCACAGCCAUGACCAACACAACAACCAUUCGUCCAGGGACUCCAACAACCAUCCCAUCUACUACGAGGACAGUGAGGCCCACUCCUGCCCCGCGGCCGUCUCCCAUCCCCACUGGCACAUACACCGUUUCCAAUGGGAACAGGACCUGCAUCAAAGCGGUCAUGGGCUUGCAGCUGAUGGCUCAGAAUACACAGAAGAAGCAGAUGGAGUACAUGGCUGUCAACCCCAAUGCGACGGAGACAUCUGGAAGCUGUGGGACGGUGCAGUCUGAGCUGAACAUAACUUUCAGUGGAGGGUUUAUAAACUUCACCUUUGUUAAGCAAGCUCCAACGUACUAUGUCAGUAAAAUUGAGGCUAGAUUACAGUUAUCUUCUGAAGGCAUGCUUUACUAUGCAGCCAUAGAUGAGAAGCUGUUUACAACAAAGCUGGGGAAUUCCUUUAAGUGUGCCAGCAAGCAAACCUUUGGCUUGGAGAAGAACUUCCAGCUACUCUUUGUUAAUAUGCAGCUGCAGGCAUUUGAUAUUGUCGGUAACCAGUUUGGAAAAGAAGAAGAAUGUUUUCCUGAUAAAAAUGGCAAAGUAGCUCCCAUUGCGGUGGGCCUGAGUAUCCUGGGAUUGUUUGUCAUUGUGUUUGCCACAUUCCUGAUUUCCAGAAGAAAGCCGCAUAGAGGAUACCAACGUAUCUGAGGUGCCCUUGAACUUCCAAAUGUGUGUAGCAAGUAGAGAAGUCACAGGAGUUUUAGCCUCUACCUGGCAAUCUCACUGCCCUGAAGCUGUAUUUUUAAGUGGGAUGACACCAUCUGUUUAAAGUUAAUGAAUAUUUCUGGAAGUGAUUUCUUUAAGGUGGGGAGGAAAGAACUCACACCAUCUACUUUAGGCUAUUCUUAGCAUCUAAUUUAAAUGUAGUCCACAGGACCAAAGUGAGGACCCUAAAUUCUUUAUAUUAGCAACAAAGGAGGCAACUGAAACCACCUAAGUCAGAUGUCUAAAAAUAGCUUAAAGUGGGCAGUAUCCCUUUCCACCAGAAAAUCCAUCAGGUUUCUUAAAGAUGCCAUUUAGAUCUAUUAAAAUAGGUGAUUCCAGUGAUAUGACCUUCAAGUGAAUAAAGCAGAGGUCCACAGCUACAGAAAACCCUGUUAAAUCAGAGCUCGGUGCAAGCCUUGUGGGAACACUGUGUAUGCUGAAGUCUCAGGGCAGUGUAAGCAUGACUUCCAUUCAUAAGCAAGUUUUUACCAGUCCUGUAAAUAUCAGGCUUACAUUUCAUAAGUUCUUGGUUUUCCUACUAGGCCCUUCAGAAGAACACAGUGGUAAUAUGUGUCUCUCAUUCUGGAGGCAGUAUUUUUAGAAAAUUGUUUAGUUCCCAGUGACUGUAUAUGCAAAUAAGAGAUUACCCAGCUGAGGUCACACAGGGUCUGCCUGACCAGUAUGUGCUAAAAUUAUCACUUGUCAUUGCUUGUCUCAGCCCUGCUGCAAAGAUGUCUGAACUUCUUGCCAAUAAUUCUUGAACUGCAGCCUCAUAAAGCACAGCACAUUAGAGCAAUAUUACGUUGGUAAGUUUAUCCUGAAGUGUUACGCUGCAAACUGCACAAUUCAGGAGCCGAUUGACAGGCAGCUGAGCUGUCUGUGCAGCAGAACUGGGCAGGCGUUUGGAGGCAGUAACUCCAUCCAGCUGCCACACCAGUCCAAGCCAUCCCACUUGUCAAUCGGCGCUUGAGGCACAGCAUCCCUUUGCCACAUGCUUGUAACACAACGUGGAGAAAGCUAACACGAGGGUCUGAAAGCACCGUGACACACGGGCCGGUGCAAAGGAUGCCAGUGUGAUAGAUGGGGACUGGGGUGAGUUUGCUUGAUAAAUUCAAGGAGCUUAAUAUUUCAUGGUCUUGUGAGAGCUCAUGAAUCUCCUACUUCCUAUUCAAACAUGGAUCUGUUACAGCGGCUGCCGCCAAACUCAAUAACUGUCCCUCUACUGAGAUGGCAGCACUGUGAUCUCUCUUAGUCCAGGAAGACACCACACUCAGAUCCCCUGAAAAUGCCAGGGACUAAGUGGCCAUAAUUGUGGCAGACCUGCACAAGGUCCAUGAGCGAAUGGAAAUCCACUGACGCUCUAUGCUCAAAGCUUCUGUGGGAAAUAAAAACUUGCACAGGCCUUGGACAAACUUUCUGCCCAAAAGUGAAUUCUAUCCAGUGUGUUUACAGCUGAGCAGCUAGAUUUUCAUAUGGAAAUAAUCUGGACUUGCUUUAAAGCACACUAAUUGAUACACUCUGUAGUCUGUUUCCUGCUAAGCCGAUGAUGAAGGCAUGAAAGUAGUAAUUGCUUUUGAAAUUAAGUUCAGCUCAUGUUCUUUGUUGUAACAAGGAAAAUUGCCUUGUCACAGAAGAUUUACAAAGCUAAACGUAUGUACAAAUGUGCACAAACACACACACACGUGCAUACACCACACCAUCUGCAGCAAAUGACAUCAAAAUGAUAAGAAAUUAUAUAUACAAACAUUUACAAAAGAGAAAA